CUCUCUUUCUCUCUCUCUCUCCUACUGCCUUUGAAUCUUUAUAUUUCCAUGUUCACUCCUCCGAAAGCUAAUCAGGCAUCGCCAUACAAAAAUUAGGGUUUUCCAGUUCGAUUUCUUCCAAAAGCCCUUUCAGUCAUAAAACUCGAAUCGGAGUGACAAAGAGUUUAGGGUUUUCGAUUGUUUUUCAAAGCUUGCACGAUCAGAUUGCGAAAGAUAUUUUCAUUCUUGCUGCAAUCAAUUGCAAGAUUUUUGAAAACAAAUUCAUCAGAUUUCAAUUCUUUGAGAUAAAGAGAAAUUCAAAGUCCAAUCUGAGUGGUGUUAGAGAUCGAACUGGAUCGCAGUUUACAAAAAAAAAAAAGCUGAUGGAUGUAGACGGAGGGGGAAACAAGCGCGUCUUCCAGCGAUUGGGUGGUUCUUCGACAGACCCGAAGAACAAGGUCUGCUACCAUUGGAGGGCAGGGAAGUGCAACCGCUAUCCUUGUCCUUUUCUUCAUAGAGAACUACCUUCCCCGCCAAUACAGCCUCCCAAUGGAACGGCGUCGUCUAAGCGGCACCACGUCUUCAACGCGGCGGCGGCCGGUGAUCCAACGGUUCCGCGGCGGGCUCCGAAUAACACAUGGGGUCGACCCCACGCGGGCAGAGGAGGAGGAGGAGCCAACAAUAGAGUUGUGAGGAAGAUGGAUAAAGUGUGUAGUUAUUGGCUUCAGGGGAAUUGUUCACGUGGGGAGACGUGUAAGUUUUUGCAUUCUUGGAGUUUGGGGGAUGGCUUCUCGUUGUUGUCUCAGCUCGAUGGGCAUCAGAAGGUUGUUAGCGCGAUUGCGAUGCCGGCUGGCUCUGAUAAACUUUAUACUGGAAGUAAAGAUGAGACUUUGAGAGUAUGGGACUGUCAGUCUGGUCAGUGUAUUGGUGUGCUUAAUCUUGGUGGUGAAGUUGGUUGCAUGAUUAGUGAAGGUCCUUGGAUAUUUGUUGGUUUACCAAGUAUUGUGAAGGCAUGGAACACCCAAACCAACAUGGAUCUAAGUCUUAGUGGACCUGUUGGACAAGUUUAUGCUCUGAUUGUGGGUAAUGAUUUGCUGUUUGCUGGUACCCAGGAUGGGUCUAUAUUAGCAUGGAAAUUUAAUGCUGCUGUCAAUUGCUUUGAACCAGCUGCAUCACUUAAGGGUCACACCCUUGCUGUUGUUUCAUUAGUAGUUGGUGCCAAUAGGCUCUACUCUGGUUCCAUGGACCAUUCUAUAAGGGUCUGGAACCUUGAGACGUUGCAGUGUAUACAGACACUGACAGAGCAUACUAACGUUGUAAUGUCUGUUCUUAUCUGGGACCAUUAUCUUUUGUCAUGUUCUUUAGACAAAACAAUAAAGGCGUGGGUUACUGGACAAAGUGGAAACUUGGAAGUAGCAUAUACUCACACUGAAGAACAUGGCUUGCUUACCCUGGGUGGAAUGUAUGAUUCAGAAUCCAAGCCGUUGCUGUUAUGCUCUACCAAUGACAACUCUGUCCGCAUAUAUGAUCUGCCAUCAUUUGCUGAAAGGGGUAAAAUUUUUUCCAAAAUGGAGAUACGAGCAAUUCAGAUAGGCCCUGGCGGUAUAUUUUUCACUGGUGAUGGAACUGGCCAAGUGAAAGUGUGGAAGUUGGCGGCGGUGGAAGCAGCUAACCCUGCCUGAUAGAAUGCUACGUUUUUAUACGGGCCAUAAUGUAUCUGUAAUCUUGAUUUAUUAUUUUAUUCUUGUUUUUCCUCCUAGGUUCCUUUGUAAUGUGUAAAUUGAGGAAGGAAAUCCUUUUUUUUUUUUUUGUUUCCCGGUUUCUUCCUGGGUUGGGAUUGAAUUAUGAGUCGAGAGUUUUUUGGACUUUUUUAGAGUUAGAAUUCAGUUGCACCGACCCGGAUUCCGGCUAACUGAGUGCCAUGGUUGUAGAGAAGCACCUUGGCCCGUAUCAAAGUUGUAACUUUUGGAUAAAAAUCUCCAUAAGAGGUUGAGCAUAUAUGCUAGCUGUUACUAGCGGAUGGUAAAUGUGCGCUAUUGUAUUCAACAAAUAACAUCCAAAAGAAAAUGAAAAUGAAAAAAAAAAAAAAAAAAGAAAAAAGAAAAUUCAUAUGUUGUUCUUUUA